UCAGAGCUGAGCUUUUUCGUCCUAAAUUUUAAACGAACUAUUUUGAGUGUGGAGAGGGCCGCAGGGUUUUGGGCGUUUAGGGCUUUUGUCUAUCCACUAUCAACAAGCAACUAGAAACAGCCGACCGGAAAACCGCACUCCGAUCACAUUUUCAUCCAUCACUUCUUUCAAUUCCAACUCUCUAUCUCCCCGCUCAACAUGAUAAGGGGCGGUAGAACGUACGUUUCCUCGCCGCCAGCCUUCUCCAACGACGCUAAACGACUUCUCGUUUGCUCUGGCAACGCCGUCUCCAUCUUCAGCACCGCUACCGGCUUACCGAUAACAUCUCUAAAUGGUCACACGGCGCUCGUGACGACAGUGAUUGUGGCUCCGGCUACGAGUCAAGCAAGUAAGAUAUUGUGCUAUUGUUGGACGGCGUCUCUUGAUGGGACAGUUAGAUAUUGGGAUUUUUCGGUGCCUGAGUUGAUUAAGACCAUUGACAUUAAGUUUCCCAUUUUCUCCAUGGUGAUUCCAUCUAUACUAAGCCAAUCAGCUGAGAUCAAUGAAAAACCAGCAAAACUUUUUGCUUAUUUGUCUGUUGAAGCUACUAAAGAACUAGAAAACCAGUCAAAAGCUUUACGUGGUCAAAUCAGGAAAUGCAACUUGACUGACUCUCGUCUGCUUGGUGGAGUAAUUUUGGCAGAGACAAACAAACCAGAAUUUAUAAGUAUUAGCGCCUGUGGAAAAUAUUUUGGCAUCCAGAUCAAACGCAAGAUUCAUGUAUGGAGAGUUCCCAGUGCGGAUUCUGAGCGUACAAUGGCUAAGAAGAUCACACUACAUCAUACAAAAAAUGUCACAGUUAUGGCAUUCCACCCAACUCAGAGAAUUCUUGCUGCAGGAGAUGUGACUGGGAGAAUUUUGAUUUGGAGGGGUUAUGGAAAUAGAACAUUUGCCAUAGGUGAUGGGCUUUUGAGUGGAAGAUCAAUGAAUAAUGAGGAAGAAAGACCCGGAGUGAGGGGUGGUGAUGAUGCUGAUUCCUGCACAACGUGGCAUUGGCACCCUGCUGAAGUAAAUACACUUUCAUUCUCUUUGGAUGGAGCCUAUUUGUAUUCAGGUGGAAAGGAAGGAGUUCUUGUGGUUUGGCAACUGGACACAGGGAAGAAGAAAUUUUUACCACGAAUUGGAUCUCCACUACUAUAUUUCACGGAUUCUCCAGAUCCUUCUCUUUCCUCAAUAUCUUGUGCAGAUAAUCAAAUACAUUUAUUGAAAAUGCCUUCUAUGGAAAUUCUGAAGUCCAUUUCAGGGAUCAAGCUUCCUUCUACAUUUCCAGAGAUAUAUGAAGGCUUGUGUAGUGGAGUGGCCUUUGAUCCCAAUGCUGGCGUAGUUGCCUUGCGUACAGAGAACUAUUGCAUUCAGCUAUAUAGUCUAUUUGAUGAUCGUGAAAUUUCAGAGGUCCAGAUUUGUGAGAGAAACCAUCAGCCAGGUGAUGAAAUCACGGUAGUAGUGACUUCAGUUGCUCUGUCAUUGGAUGGUUCAAUGAUGAGUACUGCAGAAGUUAAACUUGCUGAGGAGGGCAUAGGUGGACUUGUUAGUCUUAAGUUUUGGGCUUUGGGCUCAGAUAAAAGAAACUUCAGCUUGUCCACCAUUGUGUAUGAACCACACAGGGAUGCUGGCAUUUCUUCAAUUGCUUUCCAUCCUACCCGCUGUAUGGCUGUCAGCUCAUCUUAUGGUGGGGACUUUAAGAUUUGGGUUUGCAACAAUGGGAUUCAGCGAAGAGAUCAAGUGCCUACAAGUUCUAGAUGGACUUGCCAUGCUGUAGCUUCAUACAAAAAAAGGCCAAUGACAGCUGCUACAUUUUCUUAUGAUGGUUCGGUUCUUGCUGUUGCUGCUGAAACUGUUAUUACAUUAUGGGACCCUGAGAAAAAUGUUCUUGUGGCUGUAAUUGGGGAGACACUCACGCCAAUUGUCAGUCUCUCAUUUGUAGGGAAGUCGGAAUACCUUGUUUCCACAUCUUGGGAGUCAAAACCACAACUAUCCGUUUGGAGCUUGUCAAAGCUGUCUAUGUCUUGGUCAUACAGGCUUCAUGUAGAAGCUAUAUCCAGUGCGGCAGACUUAUCUUCUUUUGCUGUUCUUGUCUUCCUUCCUGAAUCAUCUAAAAGAGAUGAAUCCAAUGAGACAACUUUUGGCGGAAGAGAUGGAGCAAUUUUAAUUUUCAAUGCAGCAGAUCCUGUUCCUAUUGCCACUUGGUUGGUGAAUAAGGCCAAGGGAGGAUCCCUUGCUUUUCUUCAAGUAAAUCAAUCCUCUGUGGAAGAAAAUGUGGUUGAUGGAAAACCACUUAGAUCAUUGCUUGCAUACGUAAAUGGGGAGCAUGAGUAUAUCCUAUUUGACCCACAUGGAAAAGAAGCUAAGGAACUUGGCACAAUUAGGCAGGAUGGUGUUGCGAACCUUGAAGAAGCUGGGAAAUUUGGGUACGCUUCUAUCUAUGGUGAGCUCCCAGAGUUUAACCCGAAAAGAGUCCAGACUUCAGCAGUAGCUCCAUUUGUACAAUCUGGGAAGCCAUGGGACACCAUAUUUAGUGGAUCGUCACAUAAUCUUCCACCCCUCACCAAACUAUGUUCAGCAAUAUUGGAAUCAUUAUUGGAAAAGAGAACUACUGUUGCAGAAUGAUACAUGGAGAUGUUCGAUACAAGCUUCCUGACCCGAUUACAGAUGCCCCUCCAAAGUGUCAGAAUUCUUGCAUGUACGUGAUGAAACAGAAGCUUCUGAUCACCCGACUUUCUCUUAUUUUGAACCGGUGGUUAAAAUCGCAGCUCAUGUCUUAUUGUGAACCAGUGGUUAAAAUCGCAGCUUAUGUCGGUACCUGAUAUUGGUGGUUAGGAGAAAUUUUGUAAUAUCAAAUGUAAGGCCAGGUAUGGGCUUGAGGAAAUUUGGUAUUUGUUAGUGCAAAGUUCUCUGGAAUUAGUGUUUAUAUUAUUAAAUCAAAUGUUGGUGGGAAAGACACCUCUAUUGGCUUAGGGUAGGUUUUCUUUAACACAAGGGGAGAGAAGGAACUCAGUAAUUGUUGUAACAUUUGAUUUGGUAAGAAAGUUUUGUCUAAUUGAGAUGAUUUUAUAAAGUCAUGACGGUCUUAAAGCAUUAAAUACUAAAAUUUAGUGAUUCUAUACUAAAA